AUGGCGUCUCAGAUUGAGAACCACCGCGCCGGCGCAGAGAUCGUCACCGGCGACGACGUCUGCAGGAACAAGUCCAUGGAGCUGCUGGGAGAGCUCGGCCUCCCCAUGGGCCUCCUGCCAUUGGAGGACAUCGAGGAGUUCGGCUACAACCGGCAGACCGGGUUCCUGUGGAUGGUGCAGAGGAGGAAGAAGAAGGUCGAGCACACCUUCAAGAAGAUCAAGCAGACCGUGUCCUACGCCGGCGAGGUCACGGCGUUCGUUGGGGAAGGGAAGCUGAGGAAGAUCACCGGCGUGAAGACCAAGGAGCUGAUGCUCUGGCUCAGCAUCGUCGAGGUCCACGUCGCGGCGGCGGCGCCGGGGAAGGUGACCUUCAGGAGUGGCACCGGAAUCUCCAAGAGCUUCGACGCCGCUGCAUUUGCACUUGGGGAGUAG